AUGCCGGUCACCCUUGAGGCGAUCGACAUCUCAUUGCCCUUUAUUUUGUCGGCAUGGCCGCCGUCGGCAUCAUCUUCUGGGCUCGCGGCGGCGGCGAUGGCGGUGGGCAGGACGAAGCAGAAUCUUUCUUCCUCGCUCGCGGGCCGCAGUAUGCGCUGGCCAGCGGUAGGGCUUUCGCUCUUUGUCUCCAACGUAGGGUCGGAGCACCUCCUGGGGCUCGCGGGCUCGGCAUCCCAAACCGGCGUCGCUUGCGCCUACUUUGAGUGGUCGGCCGCGCUCCACCUUCUUCUGCUCGGCUGGCUAUUUGCUCCGGUCUACUCAACAGGGAGGAAACAUCAAAUAAAAAACGCCGGGCGUUGUGAACGCGGCUCAAAGCACGCCGACGAGCUCGUCGGGCCGGCGCUCUGA